CAAAUACUCUGUAACAUCCGUAAUGAUUUCAGCCAUUUUCUCUGUGUUCGCCGAGCGGACCGCAGGUUUCCACUUGUCCGUCGGAUGUGCGCGGAGCAGGCAGGAAUCAUUAGGGAGGAAUCCCGGGCAUAUGGCUGCUGGUGUCGGCUCCCCUCCCCCCUCAGAGCCGUCCCUCCUGCCGUCCGCUCCGCAGCAGCAGCAGGACACAGCAGCCACUUCAGUUUCUGGAGCCGUGGCAUGAAUGAUCUCAUCUGAACCUGAUCUCCGCUUUCCCUGCCGUCGAUCCUAUGAGCGAGACGGGACCCGAAUAACGCAAAACACGAGGAGUCUUGCUUCAGACUGGCCUAAAAUGGGCAGAACUGGUGCUGAACAAAAGCUGCUUGUCGCUCGUACAAAAGUACUUGAAGCGUUGCAGCCGGGACCAAGCUGCAUUGCUAUUGCCUGUGCCUCUCAACAGGAAAGAGAGACAACAUGUUCCCAAAGGGCACCAAGCGCAAGUUCUCCGACCCCGGGGAGGAGCCAGUCUCCAGCGCCGACCAGAGCCAGGCGGCAUCAUCUGCAGCAGCGGUUCGGACGUUGACGUCCUCGUACAGCCUGCAGCGGCAGUCGCUGCUUGACAUGUCGCUGAUCAAGCUGCAGCUCUGCCACAUGCUGGUGGAGCCAAACCUGUGCCGCUCGGUGCUCAUCGCCAACACGGUGCGGCAAAUCCAGGAAGAGAUGACCCAGGACGGCACCUGGCAGAUAAUGACCCAGGCCCUGGCAGCUGCCCAGUGUCCCGCCGACCGCCUGGUGGCCACAGAGGUGUUGUGCCGGCAGACUGACGCAGCAGCUCAGGCCGGCCAGAGCCCCAAGCCCUUCUCGGUGGUUGGUCUCGAGGAGGGCUACCACGCCGAGGAGGUGGUGAUGGAGGGAGACGUGGAGACAGAGGUCACCAUGUCCACCUUGUCGCCAGUCUCCCCUCAGCUGUCCUCGGCCUCUUACCUGGCCGGACCCUUUGGCAUGGGGCCCUGCUGGGAGGAGGAAGACGACGAUGGUGAGUGCGAGGAGGACGAGGAGGAGGACAGCGAGGAGUGUGUGUCGGAGGGAGAGGAGGGGGACCGGGACACCCUGAACGCAGACUCCAGGACAGGGGAGCAGGUUUUUGGGACUUUUGAGAUCAAGCACCCGGCGCCGCCCCCUGACCCCGCACUCGAGGAACUGUUUUCCGAUGUGGACCCGUCCUACUAUGACCUCGAUACGGUGCUGACAGGCAUGCAGAGCUCCCCCAAGAUGGGGCCUUACGAUCUGCUGGAGAGCCUUUCCUCUCACGGGCCCACGGCCCUGAGCUCCAGCUCGAGCUGCAGGUCAGACCUGAACGAACUGGACCACAUCAUGGAGAUCAUAGUGGGAUCCUGAAACCGAACAUUCCUCCGGCCUGUACUGAUCCCACAGACUCUUAACAGACUAUGCACAUUACACGUGCAUGUUCUGUAUGUGGUGUUGUUACACACAGACUUUGUUGGGGGUUUUGGGACAAAUUGGGAAAUUAACAGCAAGCCAAGUAGAAUGGGGGACCGGCUGUUGGAGACGUAGUCAGUCUCCUCUGACGGCCACUUAGACAAGUCGGCAGCUGCGGGUUGGGGCCUUCGUCUUUUACUGAACAAAAAAACAAAAACAAUUGGCGCUUGAGGAGCUGAGGGUGAAAUCAAUAAAUUUGGGGAUUCACAAGCCUCCCUGGCCUGUGGGCGACGCAGUUAGUUUCCUACUCUGUUGAUGAAAUCCAAAACUCUGCAACACCUGUGAGAGGGCAAAGAUAAUUACCUAUACCAUGAUGCAUUCUUAUUUACGUAUUUUCCAUGUUUACGUCUGUCAUUCAUUCUGUCAUACUAGCUCCUCCCUCUGGUCGUACUCUCUGCCAUUUUGUCCAUUUCUAUUUAUUGUUACAUGGACUGAGGAACAAUUCAUCACACUACAUGCAUCAGAAACCAGAACAAAUUGUAAAUCCAAAUCUAUGAAUCAAUGCAUAUUUUCCUAAAGAUUUGAGCAAUUAUGAAUGGAAUAUAUGUAUAUGUACGUAUGUGUAUAUAGAAAUAUAUUUUUUGCAUUAUACAGCUGGGGGAUUUUGCAAGUAUCAUUUGAUAUUAUUAUUUUUUUCCCUCCCAGGAUUUUUAAAAUUUUAAUGUAGCCAGACUCGAGACAGUGUCUUCCCAUGGUUUGGUAUAACAAGUCAACUGCAACAGGUGUCGUGGUCACACUUUAUAGGCGCUGUUCUUUCAUUUUCUCUAAAGCUUUACGCGGGGCAGGGGAUUUACCGUCGGCCGGCCAACCAGACGCUGGCUGACGUCAGAGUCAGAGGACGAAUGAAAGGUGGUUUCCUGCCCUUUUUUUUUUUUCUUCACAGAUCUAAUAACAAUAAUAAUAGCAGCUUUUUUUCUGAAGCGCUUGGAGAAACCCCGGGUGAUAACUGCAUCAAGAAGCCAUAUUUCUUUCUCUCAUUUGUUCGAAUUACAACAAAUGAAGAAUUCUUUGUGUUAACCCAUCUAAUUUAUUGUUUUAUUUAUUGUAUUUAUUAUAUCUAGGUACAGACAUGCCAUAUUGACGUCAUUGGCCCGAUGAAAUUAUAUUUAUCCAAAUUUCGCCCUCCGCUUUGAAUGCAGUACCUAUUUAUUCCUCACAUUUUUUUUUUUAUUAGUAAUAACAACAACCGGGUUUCUAUUCAAAUCACUAUGCAGCUCUGUCAUACGUGUUUCAAAAUGAUUGUAUACGACUCAAAUGUCCUUUAAUUCCUUUAUGCAAACAGUUGCCUUUCUCCUAAAGAUGUGGAAAAUCAAAUGCAUUUUUCAAAAUUGUUCCUUAUCGUGAUGAAGAGAUUAACUCAGGCAAACAAAAUGUAUUGAAUAAAAUACAGUAUUACGACACGCUUAAUACCUUACCGCAACACUCCUGAAGGAUGUCACUCUGGUCUGAAUGGGAGCUAGAACUUCAAAGACUAAUUACCGUUGUAAAAUGUAUGCAUUUUUUUAUAUUAAGGAAAAAACAUUGUAGCAUCUUUGUAAAUAUUUUUUAUAAUAAAAGGUGCAACUAUA